AUGACUUCAGCUCUCACCCUGGAGAGCCUCACCAAUGCUCUCGCAACACCGGCACAAUUAUCGAGCUCGUCCUCCUCUCUCGAUGGCAUUCCAUCUGACCUAGAAUCGUCAAUUCGCUUUGCAGGUGCAUUACUCACGCAAGCAGCUGGUGUACUGCUACGGCUUCCUCAAGAUGCUAUUACUCAGUCAAUCGUGAUUUUCACACGAUUCUGGAUUGGCCCCGAUGGUGGAAGCUUUGCGAUACAUUCUGCAAAGGACAUAUCUGCAGCUUCUCUCUAUCUAAUAGCCAAGCUAUCCUUCCAUCCCACGUCGCCUCGCUCCGUUCUCAACGCCUACAAUUACCUUUUAUCGAAACAAGCGUCCCCCUUAUGGUUCGUCAAUCCCUCCGGUGUCGACGGCAAACCCAAACCAGAGACCUAUUACCUUUCCGAGGGAGGCUAUCAAUCUCAGCGCAUGACGCUUCUUAAAACAGAGACGAUAAUCCUUCGUACUCUCGGCUUCAACACUCACGUCGUUAUUCCUCAUACGAUUGCGCUUACAUAUCUACAAACCAUCAAUGCGGCAUCGAGCGCUCUUGGCAAACGAGUUUUUGAGCAUCUGAAUGCGUCGCUUUUAUCGCCGCAGUUACUUUAUGUAACACAUCAGCCUAAUGCCUUGGCCGUUGCCGCUAUUUACCUUGCUGCGCGCGAAGUUGGUGUAAAACUAGCGGAAGAUGAAUGGUGGGAGGUGUUUGAUGUCGAUCGUGAGGAGCUGGGUUUCUUGGUGGUUGCGAUGAACAGUAUGGAAAAAUUUGCGAAGGCGGAGAAGGAAGCUUGGAAGGGCAAGACUAUACCUCUGGUUGUUGAGGGUGUUGAAAAGGAACUUCAGCAACGACAGUCACAAGAAGGCGAAUGA